AUGUUGGCGACGGGAUUAGCAUUUAGGCCAGGCUUCUCCCGGUUUAUUUUUGCUCCUCGCUUUGCACUUCCGCGUUUACUAACCCGCACCUUAGCGCAACCCUGCUCCACCCGGUGCCACCCGGCCUCAGUCGGCUUGCCAUCUUAUAUCAGGUUGUAUUUCUACACACACCCCCCCCCUUUGCUUUCCUCCCCAGGUGGUUUUAGCAAGUUCCAGGCCGAGUUCGCCCUGCACUGCGAAACUAACCUAGACAGUUCGUGUAGCAGCAGUUCUCCUCCUUUGCCAGUCCUGGGCUUGGGAGGCCUCCGAAUCAGCUCUGAUUCCUCAUCAGACAUUGAAUCUGACAUUGACAGAGACCCCAACAGUGCCACCGACUCCGAUGGCAGCCCUCUCUCCAACAACCAGCCUUCCUUCCCGGUGGAGAUUUUACCCUACCUCUACUUAGGCUGUGCCAAGGACUCCACUAAUCUGGACGUUUUAGAAGAGUUUGGCAUUAAGUACAUAUUGAAUGUUACCCCCAACCUGCCUAAUCUCUUUGAAAACGCCGGCGAAUUCAAGUACAAACAGAUCCCGAUCUCAGACCACUGGAGCCAAAAUCUGUCUCAGUUCUUCCCGGAGGCCAUCUCCUUUAUAGAUGAAGCACGGGGGAAGAACUGCGGCGUCCUGGUGCAUUGCUUAGCAGGGAUCAGCCGCUCAGUCACCGUGACGGUGGCCUACCUCAUGCAGAAGCUCAACCUGUCCAUGAACGAUGCCUACGAUAUUGUCAAGAUGAAGAAGUCUAACAUUUCACCCAACUUCAACUUCAUGGGUCAGCUGCUAGACUUUGAGCGGACUCUGGGGCUGAGCAGCCCCUGUGACAACCGAGUGCCAAACCAGCAGCUGUACUUCACCACCCCUUCCAACCAGAACGUCUUCCAGGUGGAUUCCCUGCAGUCCACGUGAGCUCCCACUGCCUCCCUUCUGUUUGUUUCAUGGGAUCACUCCUCAAUGGUUUCUCUUUGGCAGUGAUAAAGAAAACGCAGCUUUCUCUUUUUCUGGCCUCUGCUAUCAAAAAGCAGCUGCCAGUGCAGGCUAGGAAAGGUUUACACAGUAUGGAAUCGGCUAUUGCGAAGGGAGGGAACAUGGUGAGCUCUCUGGGAAGGACCGUGGUGACCGGGUGGCAGGUGGGCAGCACGCUCAUCCCUGCUUGCGGAGUGGCUUGGGUGUCCGAGGACUUCCCCGGGGGGUAGGGUAAGGCGGGACAGGCUGGGCACGUCUUCUCUAGAGGACUGCAACUGUCCUGCUUUCCUCUCUGCUUUCGGAUCUGUGACACACAUCUUUGUCUUCAGUGAAGACUAGUUAUUUUUGUUUGUUUGUCUGUUUUAAUUUAGAGGAGCCAAAGAAAGAGAUUUCAGCUUAGUGUAUUUGGAGUACUUGUUUGCUGGGAGCUCGGUAGUAUCCUACUUGAUCAGUGUAAAUAUUUAAUCUUAAAUCGAUUUGCAAUUUUUUUGAAUUCACAUGUAUUCAAGAAAUCAAUCCAAGGGACAUCUGUGUUUUUGUUUUCUUCAUAAAUUCUGCUUUUAUUUGUUUGUGGGGUUUUUUUUAAUUGCAAAGAAUAUAUUUGCAGCAUGCUUAAUUUUACUGUUCAGCUGAAGCAAGCUUUCCAUGAGGGAGAAAUGGCAAUGGUGAGAAGUUUUCAAAUCAUGUUUUGUGAGCGAGUACAGUCUCUUCUUUCGUAUAUCUUUCUUUUCCUUGUGGUGAUUUUCUUUUUUUCUCAUGCUCUUGAUGUAGUUUCCAUAUUAUAUAUAUAUAUAUUUUUAAAUUAAAUUAAUUUUUUGCCUUACCUUUUGUAAAUAGAUCAUCUGGGAGGAAGUUUGUCUUUGAAUGCAAAAGAGUUUUUGAUCACUUUUUAAAACUUUCGGAUGUGCUAAACAGUGCAUUACCUCUGUACAAAUUCUUCAGGGAGCUUCACCUCAAAUGCAAUAUUUUGCGUCUUUUUUUUUUUUUUGUAUAAAACUGGAAGUAUGUGCGAACAUUUAUACCUGUGUGUACACACAGUGAACAUGCACAUGGUUGCCAAUAAGGGAGAGUCUAAUUCACAGUGUAAAGGUUUGAAGAUUGAAUUUAUUAUAAGAAUGUAAAACCUUAAAUUAUUAAUAAAUAAAUAACUAUUUUUGGCUAUUGA